AAACCAGCGCCGCGACGGAGCCGAAUUACAGGAACGGCUAGCGCUGCUCGAAAUUGACAAGUUGUCGUGUAGAACGACAAGCAUCAGUGGCAGUGCAUUUUCCGAUUCCAGAGGGCGGCUAGUCAGGCGAUAGAUUCGCGUUUAUCGUGUUUUGCAUGCUUUCGGAUUUUGAGCUCGGUGAAUCAGGCGGUUGCUUCGCACUUCCCAAAAUUAAAUUCUGGAAUUAUGAAUCCUACAGAGUUUACAACACCGGAGAGAUCUAUUCCACAAAGGAGACGCAGUGCAAGGCUUGCAAUGGCUACUGAUCAUGAUGCAUUGCGUCGUCCAGAACAACCAGACGAUGAUGCGCUGGAUGAACUUCCUCUUAGUAAACGGAUGGAGAAGGUUCAGGAGUUUGGCUUUGGGUUAGAAUGCGUNAACCUGAAACAAAAUGUGAGUGUCUCGGUUGAGGCAGUGGGCGACGAAUGCUUCCGGCGAAUCUCUGCAGCUAUUAAUUUGGAUGCUUCGCUUCAAUCUGGACUUGGACUGUAUAACAUGAACCCUAGAGUGUGUCUGGCACUGAAUCCGGUAAAGACGAUGCCUACGGAUCUCUGGUUUCGAAGGUCAGGGGAUGACGAUCAUUGUUUUUUGUUCAGCACCGUAAUAGGGAGAUGAGGUUGUAACGGCUGAUGAUUAACUUCCUCCUGAAUUUACGCAGAUGAGGGGAAGUGCGCGAAAUGGUUUCUCCAAAUGCGCAGUUGAGGGGUAGAAACCGAAAACAAAAGGGUAAAAUGGGG